UAUUGAUCGUGUGAAAUGAGUAUCGAAGUAAAUAGUUCUAAUUCCUGGCAAAUUUAAUAGUGUAGACCAACAUGUCAAAGGCGGGUCCCUGCCGGAUUCCCACAUUCGGUUCCAGGAUACCCCAGAUCCAUUCCAAGACGAAAUCCUGCGAGAUAAGCAACAAACAAAUCGGCGAAAGGGUUCGCAUCGGAGAGAAGGAGGGAAUAUUGAAAUUUGUGGGAAACGUGCACUUCUCCAAAGGUGUGUGGUGUGGCAUCGAACUAACCAACUCGACCGGUAAGAACGAUGGCAUCGUCAACGGUGUCCGAUAUUUCGCCUGCGCGGACCGCUGCGGGUUGAUGGCGCCACAGUCUAAGGUCUCGCUACUCACCACUGGCAGCUGCGAAUCGCUGAAUGACGAUGUGUCUUCAGGACCGUACUCUAUGUUAUUUAUCGAACCCAAGCUUGAUGAUACUUUUAUAAGUAAUGAAAAUGGUAUCGGUAAUAUUUUGGAGCAGCAGAAUGAUGCAACCGAAAGAGAAAGUUUAAAUUCGAGGAAAGAAUUUAGCAAUCCUGAUAGGAAUAAGGCGAAUGAAACUUUCAUUGGUAACCAGAACGCGUUUUUAGAUAACACUUGUACAUACGAAAUUUUAGAUAAGCAGAAUUCUUCCAAUUCAUCAGACGAGUUUAAUGACACAAUUAUCGAAACGAGAUUAGAUGAAACGUUUAAUGCGAAACAACAUUUAAAUUUUACUCUAAACGUAAAUGAAACAAUAAGUCAAGAAGCUGCAAACAUAUACUCACCACAAAAAGGUGCCUCAUCUCAACUUUGCGAAAAAAGAGCAUACGAAGAUAACGCAACUUACAACUUCGGUAGAAGAAGAGCGUUCGAUCUUAAACCUUUGAACGAUACAACCAACGUGAGUAAAAACUACCCAACAUUUGACUUUGAGAAGAGCAAGAAGAGAUCGAGUAAAGUCUUUGACAUUUCUCUCGAUGACGUCAAUACAACGAUCAUAAAUAGCGCUAAUUCUCUAUCGCCGUCUGUGGAGGUUAAAGCUUUUGCCACUAACCAAACGGAAACGCCUUUAAUUGAACGCAAUCUGAAUUAUUUGCCAAUUAACAAAUCCUGCGAAAGCUUGCUGAGCGGUUCCAGCGUAGAAGUUAAGCGACGCCGCACUUCCAAUCCGAAAACCCAAAAAGUGGAAGCGAUCAUCCUGAAAAAUCUGCCGAGUUCUGUAGACAAACCUUCGUCGUUGCCUCAGCUGAGAAACAGUUUCAACGCGAGUAGCCCUCCUAGGUCGGCGCCUGCUUUAAAUAAAUUGACUUAUUCCACUCCCAAUAGAGGCGAGUUUACCGAUGCCUUAUUAAGGAAGCUACGAAUCAGCUCCGUGGGGUCUUCUGGCGCUUCCGAUAAGAACACAAACUACGACGAUGACAGCAGCAAAAGAAAUUCCCUGGAAUUCGAGGAGUCUCUCGGUAUAUUAACUCCGGAUCAGAUGAUAGACGGAACUAUAUUCACUAACGUGCAGUCGAGGUCACCAAGUUUAGAAUACGACGGUAACGUUAACGAAUUCGAUUCAAAGACCCAGGAAAACUGCUCAAAAUCCGAGUUGCCUAGUCCCAGGGAUUCGAGUCUUGGGAUUUUAGAUGAAAGUGUUGCAAUGAAAAACUGUCUAGGCCUCACUUUAGAAGUCACAACCAAUAAAGAGGUCAAAGAGACGGAAUUACAGAGUCCCAAUCUAACCAGUAUGACUGAUUGCAGCCUUGGUAUUUUAGACGCACAAGUGAUAUCUAACUUAACGUUAAAAACAGACACUACGGUGAACAUGGAACUGCCUCUAGACUCUAUAGAUAAAUCGAAAGACUUUAAGUUUACGCGACUGGAGCAGACGCCAUCUCCGGAAGAACUGCCUUUGGAUCCCACUCCGGUGGUCGAGUCGGACUCGAAAACGGAGCCAUCCAAAUCGAAGACAACAAAUAAUAGCUUUAUCACUAGCAUAACCAGUAUCACUAGCCUAGAUACAGGGUAUCAAGGAGAUGGCGAAAUGUCCAGGCCCGCUAGUCGGGGUCCCGACAACUCUCCCUUAACCAGGAGGCCUCUACCUAGACCGCAACCUCGACGGCCCGAUCCCAUGACUGAUUCGGAUUUCUACACCGAAAGCGAUGCCGAUAAUCACGAGGACAAUCAGUUACGCGGCGACCGAAGGGCUCAAGUCAUAGACGGAACCCUCUAUGGAGUUGAUCCUCAAGCUGCCGCAGAUAUUUACGUCAACAAUCGAGAGAAUAUGGACUCUAGCGGCAUUUUCACAGAUUUGGAAAACAACACCCGUAACGAAGAAGACAUGCCCAACGAAGUGCCUGACGUAUCCCCUUCGGAUGCGUCCACCAAGACAAUAUCGGAAAAUAGUCAGAAUAACCUACAGGAAGUCUUGGAAAAAAAAUCCUCGAAACAAGAUAACAAGGAUAUCGACAAAACGGUGCAAAAGGAGAAUCCUAAAAAGCGAAACGCGCCUAGCCCUGUCGUUUCCAAUCCCUCAAACGUUUCAUCUCCGAGACACAGAGCAAAAGAGGAGAACGCCGCUAAGAAAUACAAAAUGCCGAAAAGGGACGUGGCGUCGAAAGUCAAAGCCAUGCUGGAACCCAAUCUGUUACAACAGAAUGAAAAAAAGUCUGCUAAAAAACCUGUGGGAAGGUGGGACGCCGUUAUGAAGAAAAUAUCUACGAACGAGCAAACUAAAACUAAUCUAAAAGAAGUGAAAUCCAAAGUGUUCGAUAACGUAAACGUGAAAAAAAUGGGCGUCCAACGGACGAACGAGAGGAAACCUAAUACUAGAUCCCCUGGAAAUCCGAAGAGCCCGAGCAGCAAAACUCUGACUGUAAUCAGUAAUGCCCUUGAAGGGACCACGAAGUCUGCCAGUCGUAGAAAUUUUCUCUCACCGGACAGUGCCGUUUUAAACAAGAAGUCUCCAGAGUACAAAAAUCAAUUAACGCCGAAGGAAAAGCAUGGAGUAAAGCAGUGGAUGCCAAAGUCUGAACCUCGUCGAAUAAGAAACCGGACUUCCGCAUCCAGUACACCAAAAAACAUUGGCAGCAACGUCGAGAGUAGCAUCCACAGCUCUCUAAGUGACCUUAGUGCAGGGACUAUACCAACCAAAAAAAUUGUAGGGCCUGCUAAAAAAAGAGAUGUGGUUCAAGUUACCCAGGUCCUUACAGCGAACAAGUUGUCGCCGAGGAACCAACAACAACAGACUGCUCUCGAAAAUAAAAAAAAUGCAUCUUUACAUCCGUCUUCGUCUAACGAAUCCAAAGCGAGCCGAACAAUCUUUUCAUCGAAAGAUAAGAAGCAGGCAGCUGCUAAAGAGUGCGGCAGAGGUACAGUGAAAGGGGGUCGCACGUCGCCCUCCGUACGGCCCCCUACGCAGGCCCGGGUUCCCACAAAACAAGUGCCUCGAGUUGCCGAAGCCCUUGCCGUUCUUGUUCAGCACCUCGUUUUCAACGUAGAAGCAUACCAAGUCCCAAGACUUAAACGACAAGUCGAAAAAUUUCACAUAGAAACUGACGAAUUGCGAUUAGCAUGUCGAGAGUUAGAAGAAAAGUUACACGGAGAACGGAUAGAGCAGACAAGACUACUGGAAGAAGAAAGAAAACGAUGCCAAAAUGACAUCGAUGAUUUAAUCGACAAACACAGGGAUCAACUUACAGAGUUAAAUAAUCGACAUGAUGAAUUAGAACAGUAUCUGAGGGCGGAAAAGGAACAAGCAGAACAGAAUCUUUGCAAACAGCAUGAAGAUCAACUCAUCACCCUUAAGAAGGAAUUCGAUAAAUUGCAGAGAACCCAUGAAGAAUCCCUAGAUAUUCUUCGUGAAGAAAACAAUGCAAUUAGAGAGCAGAUAGAUGAGAAACAGCUAGAAGUAGAAAAAGCCAAACAUGAAAGUAUGAAGUUGAAAAAAGAUUAUGAAAACAAAGAGAUACUUUUCAAAGAGCAUAAUCACAAGCUUGAACAACAAGUGUCACAAUUAAAAAGCGACCUGGAAGAUAGAAUUAAAAAUUUAAUUGAAGAAAACAAAAGGCUCAGAGAUGAGAAUGAUAGAUUAUUGAGCUAUGGAGAUGACAAAGAAAUUGGUUUACAGGAGGUACAGUCUUUAAGAGCAGUAUUGGAACUAAAACAAAAAGAAGUUGGAGAACUACGGAAAGCCUUAGCAGAAGCAUCACAAAAGGCAGAGGUAUUAGUAGGCGCAGAAGAAAAGGCUAGGUUCCUUAAGGCAAAGUGCGAGGAUCUUCAACUACAACUACAAAGGAAAUCUGAAUAUGAACAGGGCCUGUUACAAGAAAACCAGAAAUUAAAAGAUAGCUUCAAAGAAGAAUCAAACCAGAAGAAGCGAUUAUCCCAACAUAAUGAGGAAUUAAAGUGGAAGCUAAAGCAAAACAAAGAAGUAAUUUCCAAAGUUCUGGAGCAAACAGGAGACACUGCCAGUUUUAACCGGUCAUUACUUAGCUCCAGUUUUAAUGAGAAACAUAGUUCAUCGAAGUUAAACUUGGAACGAACCCUGUCCUUUCGGGAACGUACAUACUCCAACAAGUCUAACAUAAGUGUAGAAGAUUCCAUUAGGUCAAGAAAAUCAAAAAACUCUUUAGAAUUUGAUGUAGAAGAUUUGUCUCCACCAACUUCACCCAAAGUGAAAGGAGUGGUGGAAAAAUCCGAUUCAGUUAGUUACGUAUUAGAUUUAGAUGAAAGUCCUGAUGUAGUGGCAUCGAGAAUUGUAAGAAGAAGCUUCAGGAAUACCACACCUCCAAAAAAUACUCCAACAAAAUCACCUUGUAAUAAACGCCCUCGCAUACGGAUGUCCUUGAGCCAAAGCGCUUCGUCUAGUGCUAUAAUUACUUCAAACAGGAAUGAAUUCGAUAGGCCUAAGUCAGCCUCAGUCAGAAAUGGCGAAUGUGAUAAUGACAAUGUGUUUAUAUGGACAAGUUCCAUUAGUAGUUCACCGAAAAAUCUUUGUGACAAGUUCGAUGAGAGUUGUGAAUCGUCCAAUUCAAGUAUGAAACUCGAAGAUCACUUAGACUUGGAUGAAGACCAUGAUGUCGACAUACAACUGCCAGCACUACCUAGCGAACUUGACAGGCAGCGUGCACGACCAUUGCCAAGCCCCAAACAUUUAGCAGGGGAGUCGAUGGUUUCGGAGAGUAAUUCAGAGGAUGAGAGUACGAGUUCUUCGCAAUUGUGAGACGAACUUUCAUUUUAAUCGAUAGUGGUCGAUAUGUAUAUUGAUACUUUACAAAAUUUUAUUUAAAUAACUGAUAAUUUUUUAUGUUUGCAUUUUUUACAUUUAUUCUGGAUCUGGUUAACGGAAUAUGUGCUUUUAUAUACAUUUUCUACUUGUAAAUUAACUCUAUUAGCUACUUUUAUGUGUCCUUUAGAUUUAUUCACAGAAAUAUAUUUUCUUUUAUGGAGCCAUUUAUUUUUACUAUUAUUAAAGGGGCCCGUCCGGCGUAUGUGUGGCCACUUCACUGUGAAUGAGGGCAACAGCUGCCAGUGUAUGUAUGCAAUAUGUUUUUCUGGAAUUAUUUCGCUCAUGAGAGGCCACGCCCUGGAUGGGUUACUGAUUAUUAAUCAUUAUGGGUUGUGAUUUAUAUGUAAUAUUACAAUAUUCCCUACUCCAGUAUUAAAACAAGUUUGUUUAGUACAAUACUGCUAACCUGUGUAUAUUUUUUUAUGUAUGUAAUGUUAUUUGUUUCUUGUUAAUUUUUGAGUGUAUUAAUAUAAUAUUUAUUUAAUAGUAAGAGACCAAAUAGAUUUCCACAUUUCAUAUUUAUUGUAUAAAGAGUUCCAAAUGUUGCAUAUGAUAGUUAAUUAGUACAUUAAAUUUAUUAAAUUGUAUUCGCCUAUUAUUUCUAAAUCCCAAAGUCGUAAGUUUGGUCCAGGAAAUGAAAGAAAACCGAGAGAUCUCAUGCAGCUGCUCAUGGAGUACCCCCGUAACCCAGCCAACAAAUAAUCAAAAAUUCAUACUGAAAAACCCUUUGCCUUUUCUGUGAGAAUUUUGAAUUGAAAUUGAAAAAAUUCUAUGUACAUAUGAAACAUGACCUGAUCCAUAACAUUUUAGAUAAAAAAUUAAGAUCUUGAGCUAUUUUGUCAUACAAACUAGAUCUGUCAAAUUCUAGUUGGGGUGGUUGCAAA